GCUAUACUGUCAGUCUUUUUUCAUGUAUACCAGCAGUAGUAGUACUAAAUAUCACUUAAUGAAGUUCACUUUAUCUCGAUAGUCGUAUGCUGUUGAGUAAAAGUACAUCAUAAUAGAACAAAACGAGCGUUUUGGCUAAACAAAACUUUGUCUCUUUAGGUGAACGAUGCAAUUUUUUGCCUAUUGAAAAUGGAACAUCAAACUCCUUUUAAUCCGUUAGAGGAUCCUGAGACACUGUUGCUUGACUUUUUACAGUUUGUCCGUACUACUUCUCUUGAAGAAUGUAAUUUACAUGGGAUUAUGGUAACUGCUGCGAUGGACCAUCUGGUAGAAGAGUUUUAUCAAAAGGAGCCAGAGAAAUAUAAUCUCGUCUUUGAAGCUAUAUCUCAUGCCGCUCAACAACCUGGCAUAUCUAUAAUCCAUGUCUGUUUCCUGAAAGAGCUUUUACGUCAAAAACAAUACGCCUGGGGCACAUCAACUUUAAGGUGGGACAUCAUUACCAACAAUUUACCUCCUACAUCACUGCUUGAGUAUUGUUUAUUAGCUUCGUAUCAUUGUCUUGGUAAUAAUGAUCUAUAUGAAGCUCAAGGAUGGAUGUUUUCGAUUCUUUAUCUUCCUGCAGCCGUUUUAACUAUAUUCCAUGAAAAGGCUUUAUUUGGCUUCUUAUUACUUCACCUUGGACUAAGUGGAAAGAGGUAUCCAAUUAAUUCUACUACCUGUGGUAAUCUUUUACCUUUGAAAAGAUUUAUGGCACCCUACGAAAACUAUAUAGAUGCCUAUCAAAAAGGCAUUGAACCUCUUCGAGCGGUUUUAAAAGAGAACUGGUUGAGAUUUGAGACAGACAAUGCUAUUCCAUUUAUACUUUUUUCUCUGGAACAAUUUCCAAGACAUGAGCUAUAUAAACUAAGAAGAAGUUUCAGGUCUUUACCAAUUGGUUAUGUUUCCAAAAAGCUUUUGUUAUCAGAAGAAAAGACAUGGGAGAUUGUAAGAAAGUAUGAUGACAAGUCGAAACUUGUUCAGAACGCGGAAGGUGAAUAUUUCGUCAUGUUUGAUUCUCUUGCACCUGUGAAUUUGGAUGAAUGUAAAGAACUGUCCGAAAAACUUGGCGAAAGUGUUGAAAUUUUGGAGAGUGUCAAGGAAAUGAAGUCAAUGUAUUUUUCGAAAUCCCCAUACAAAAAGUCUAUGACCCAUGUCAAAACCUGAAAUUGUUUACUAAGUCGUUGAAAACAAUGGUUUAUCUAAUAUAUUUUGGGAUCAAAUGGUUUCUUUUGUAACCGAUAGAAUAUACAAAGUAGGAAUUUUCUCAAUGGUAGCGCUUAUGCAGCUAUUUUGAUGAGUCUCGCUUCGUCUCCAGCUAUUACAUACUUCCCUACUAAUAGACUCUCUAGCUUUCUUUGAAUAUAAAAACAGAAACAGCAUAAAUUGAUCAAAUCACU